AUGGCAUCCUUGUCAGAAGCGUCAGCCGCUCUCCUUCGCGGGAAGAUCGAUGAGUACAUCGCCAGGCCUAACGGUAUACCCGGCCUUGUUUGCACCAUUGUGAACAAAGAUGGAACCAGACUUUUCGACUAUGCAGCAGGACGCCGCGGUUCUGGGCUAGAUAAGCCUUUGGAUACAGAUGCUAUAUUCUGGUUAGCUUCGUGCACGAAGUUGAUAACAUCGAUUGCUGGCAUGCAGCUCGUGGAGCAAAAGAGACUCUCGCUGGAUGAUUCCGAUCAGCUGGAAAUUAUUUGCCCGCCCAGUUUGCGAUCACAACAACCAAUCCGAUCGACAGGGCCAUUAGCCCUCGGCGCGUCGACGGAAACGUGUAUUGUCGAGGACAACGCCAUAGAGAAAAGUGGAAGGGAUUUGCACCAGCCAGUAUAUGACACUGUUGAGGGAUCGAGUCCACGCCAUGAUGAUUAUAAAAAUCAAGUACACCGAGGUUGGAACACCGUUUGGAGAGGUGUCAUCCUAGCUCUCCAGCUUCAGUACAACCUCAAGCGAGACGAACCAAGCCCACAGUGGGAUUGGACGGACCCGGUGUACGGCAAGUUUGCCGUCAUGAUCUUGCUAGCGGGGAUCUCCCUAGCAAUCGACCAAAUGGCCGUUAUGUGGAUUCUAGGGGCUUUCAGCAACGAACCUCGGCUCCUAGCAAGGUAUGGAGGAUUCUUCAAGGCCAUGCUUAGUGCAGGCCUCUGCCUGGCAUUCGGCCUCGAGGCUGGUUCUGUUUCUUACGUAGCCCAAACUGCUGUCCAAGGUGGCGGGAUGAUUCUCUCUUUUCCCGUCCUGUUUUACCUGGUUUUCAGGUGUGUUUCCGACACGAAUUAUUUUGCUGAGGAAGGUGUUAUUCCACCACAGAGUGUUGGGACGGCUCCUAAAUUCUCAGCUGUGAUGAACGACCCGGAAGAUGCUGGAACUGAGAAGACGUACGGUAUGGAAACAUCAGGAGUAGUUGAACUUGAGGAACGGGUGACCAUGUAA